UAAGCUCUACUUGCGUUCUAUAGUAAAGUGAAAGCUUGCUAUCCAUGGAUUCAGCAAGAGAGGAGUUCGUGAUUGUCGCACUCGGAAAUGUCUUCGGAGACCCAACAUCACCGCAACAUCCCAGAGCGAAGAUCCAUGUAAAACUCUGAUCCUGGGCCCUUGGCAGAGCCCAUCAAGUUAGGCCUUUAACUGCAAGAAAAAUGAAAGCGAAUCGUCGUCUAUCUUUAAAUGCAUCCACCACUCACAAGUUAUCAUGACUUAAAUUUUAUGGGCCGUCUAUACUUAUAAAGCUAUAUAGCGGGGGGCUGCGCCUAAGAUAAGCGGUUCCGAGACAAUCUUGUCCAUUCGGCGCACGUAUUCCAGUAGUCGAAACGUGGUCACUUGCGGUCUGCUUGAGCCCGUGCGAACCAUGAAAUGAAAGCUCAUCACAAGAUCAUUGCAAUGUGGAUUCACCUUUCCAUGGACGGUAGGUAGUGCCAAUGUAUCCAUAAUACAGUUUACCAUAAUUAGAGGCCUGAAAAUCUCAAGUUGCCCUUUUCAACCACCAGCAGUAAAUGCCACAUUCUCUAAUAUGUAACAGUACAGAGUCACAGCCUCACAGGCACACAUUCUGUGAGUUUUCAUUUGGUAGCUGGCAGUCUGUCACUCGCCUAUUUCAUGCCCUUCCAGGAGCUGUAUCCCCUUCUAACGUACCACUGGUAUGACCUCCCAACAUUCUCUUUAUGCCUUCCCUUGUCAUUGUCCUCUCUCUAGAAAUAUGUUUCUUUGAAUUUGUUCGUGUAGCCCCUGUUCAUGAUUCCAGUUGAAAGUAAAAAAAAAAUGAAGAAAUCCUAUAUAGCCCGAGAACCUGAGGCGAGCAAAUAUGGCGAGGACUUCGAACUCGACCCGGUGUUGAACUUCUCCGAGUUCUUAGAUGAAGCAAGAAAGCACAGAAGUGAGGAAGCAAGUUCUAGAGUUCCAUUGCCAGUAGAAGAUAUCGAUAGACUGAGCGAAGUCAAGAAGAGCAAGAAAUCGUGGAAGAAUUCUCUCGUUUCGUGGUGGCCGAAAGCAUACAAGAAAUUCGAAAAGAAGAGCAAGUCCAGACUUGAACCUGCAAGCGGUUCUCAGAGCUCUAACCCAAUAAGAAAUCACGUUUCUGGUCCAAUAUACAUGAAGAGCAGCGGGACCAGGAAGCCAGGUGAGCGACCCCGUGGCUCGUCCUCGGGCCCUCUGACGGGCCUUUUCAGAUCCUCCUGGGAAACGGAGAAUGAGAUACCCUACGCAGCUCUUGACCAUAUCGAUCCCCGCAGUGCGAAGUCGUACGGUCCUGUCUACUUUGUUACCUAGCAGCUCAUAGCUGUGACGACGGUUGUGCAGUUGUGAUCAGCAUCUAAAAGAUCUUGCAUUGGGCAUGUAAUGGAAUGCUUAAAGGAAAGAACUGGGUAGCUUAAUUGAUUGUCUGGUGCAUU